UGUUAGCUCUUCCGGAGAGCUACGACGCACAACCGCCGCGAGUUUCGAGGAGCUCAAGUUAGACCCAUUUAUGUAUCACAAUUAACUCAUAUUUAUCUAGUGUGUUGGUUUAAUAUUAAGGCCAUAGGAUAACUGAUGAGAUGAUUUCUUUGAAGCGAGAAAGGGUGGAUGAGGUCGACGACGAUGAUAACGAAGAUGGGGUUGUAACCAAAAGAGGACGAGGGCGUGUAGGAGAAGACCGUAGAAGCCGCCAUUGUCCCUAUCUUGACACCAUAAACAGGAGUGUGCUGGAUUUUGACUUCGAGAAGCUCUGCUCUAUAUCUCUCUCACAUAUCAACGUCUAUGCCUGCCUCGUGUGUGGGAAAUACUUUCAAGGCAGAGGUCAGAAGUCCCAUGCGUACACCCACAGUGUACAGUUUAGCCACCAUGUGUUCCUCAACCUGCAUACACUCAAGUUUUACUGUCUGCCAGAUAACUAUGAGAUCAUUGACUCAUCACUAGAGGACAUCACCUAUGUGCUCAAGCCAACCUUCACCAAGCAGCACAUUGCUGGACUGGACAAGCAUGGUAAACUGUACAGAGCCUAUGAUGGGACGACUUACCUUCCAGGCAUCGUAGGGCUCAACAACAUCAAAGCAAACGACUAUGCUAACGCAGUGUUGCAGGCUUUUUCAAAUGUCCCACCUUUGCGAAACUACUUCCUGGAGGAGGAAAACUACAAAGGAAUCCGCAGACCACCAGGGGACAUCAUGUUCCUCCUGGUGCAGAGGUUUGGGGAGCUGAUGCGCAAACUUUGGAAUCCUAGAAACUUUAAGGCCCACGUUUCUCCUCAUGAGAUGCUGCAGGCCGUUGUGCUGUGCAGCAAGAAGACCUUUCAAAUUACUAAGCAAGGUGAUGCUGUAGACUUCAUGACUUGGUUCUUGAAUGCUCUGCAUGGAGCUCUUGGAGGCACAAAGAAGAAGUCAUCAAUCAUCACAAAAGUUUUUCAAGGCUCAAUGCGAAUCUUUUCUAAGAAACUUCCACACCCAGAUUUGCUGCCUGAGGAAAAAGAGGUGCUGCUUCAGACAGAGGAGUACCAGGAGCAGAUGUCCGAGUCCACUUUCCUGUUUCUGACCCUGGACCUUCCAACAGCUCCUCUGUACAAGGAUGAAAAAGAGCAGCUUAUUAUCCCUCAGGUCCCUCUUUUCAACAUCCUGGGCAAGUUCAAUGGCAAUGCUGAAAAGGAAUACAAAACCUACAAAGAGAAUUUCCUCAAAAGGUUCCAGCUGACCAAGCUGCCACCAUACCUCAUCUUUUGCAUCAAAAGAUUCACCAAGAACAACUUCUUUGUGGAAAAAAAUCCAACAAUUGUCAACUUCCCAAUCACGAACGUAGACCUUUCAGAGUACCUCACAGAAGAAGCUCAAGCUACAGAGAAGAAUACUUCUUAUGACCUUGUUGCAAACAUUGUGCAUGAUGGGAAACCCACUGAGGGGUCCUACAGAAUACAUGUCCUGCAUCAUGGGACAGGGAAGUGGUAUGAGAUGCAAGACCUUCAGGUGAUCGACAUUCUUCCUCAGAUGAUCACAUUGUCAGAGGCUUACAUCCAGAUUUGGAAGAGACAAGAGAGCAGUGACACAAACAACCACAGGGAGGUGUAAUAGAGGCAGGACUGUGCUCACUCUGGAUGACUGUUAGUUUUGUAAUCAUUUUUGUUAUCAACAAAGUACUUAAAUGACUUGGAGGGAUAAAAGGAAUAAAAGUGGCAGAGGAGGACCACAUGAAGCAAAGAAAUGUAAAAGCCUCCAUGUUCUCUUGCAUUGUUCUGUGUUUUUACCAUGUGGAUAUUUCUUAAUAAAGCAGCUCCAGGAUGA